AUGAGUAAUCAAGAUUAUUUUGCAGAAGAUUUUGACCCUUCUAAGGUCACUGUAAAACGUCUUAAAGAGAUUUUAAACGCUAAUGAUAUUCCUUAUAGAGAUAUUUCAAGAAAGGCUGAAUUCAUCCAGAAAUUUCAAGAUCAUGUUCUUCCUAUUGUCGAAUUACAAAGGAGAACAGGAGGACAACAAGAACGAAAAACUGACAAAGAGUCUAGAGCACGAACAGUUGACAACGAACAAAGACACACUGAAGAAGAGAUCGUGCCUUCUGUUUCAACUACACAAAUUAAAACGCCACAUCAAAAAAGGCAGAAGUCUGGACGUGCAAGUAGCAAAAAACGAAGAGAGGUAAUCGAGCAACAUGUUCAAGGUGAAAUAGCUGUCGAAACACAACAGACUACAACGGUAGAAAGUACAAGGCAAAGUUUAUUGAAUCAAAAUUAUUCAGAAAAUGUUUCCCCACCACGUACUUUAAGAGCUCCAACGUCUCCUGCGCCAUUUUACCCUAUGAUGCCUCCAUAUUCUAGAACUCCCGCAUAUCCUUUUCUAGAACCAGAAGAACUGGAGGUAGUAAAGCGCAAGGAACAAGAAUUACGACAGUCAACUGAACUUGAUGAAGUAUCUCUAUAUCCUACUCAAGGAGAUUCUCAAUAUCCAUCUCGAGGAGGAACUGAAAAUAGUACAUCACCCAAAAAGGACAGAAUUGAACGACGUGAAGCAAUUGCAUAUUGCCAUAAACCUCGAUCUUUUAAACAACCUAUCGAUCGCAGACCACCUCCAGAGUUUAUUAAACGAAAACCAAGAUUCUCAUUUCGUUCAAAGAUCAUUUUUUUUUUAAUCAUAUCCGGCGGCAUCUUGUAUUUCGGUUUUAAAAACAAUGAAUACUGCGAUAGUGCGACAUCCUCUCAUCAGGAAGGUGAAAACGAUUCAACAUCAUCUCAGCUCAUAAAUGACCAGACAUGCACACCAUGUCCCAAGGGAUCAAUUUGUUCAAAAGGCGUUAUCACAGAGUGUGAAAGAGGCUUCAAAUUGGAAACAUCAUAUUUUAGGCUCAAUAAACCUUAUUGUGUGAUUGAUAAAGAUCAGAUGGCAAAUGCAAAGAAAUACACUAAAGAAUUCAAAGAAAUUGUUGCUCACGAAACGGGGAGAUUCGAAUGUGGAUAUGACAAAGACAAUCUGAUAUAUGAAAAUCUCAAACUUCGACUUAAAGAAAAAAUGCCAUCACAAGACUACGCUAAAUAUAGCGAAGAUGUGUACAAAAAUAUUGAACACGAUGAUGAUAUUUACUUUAUAAAGAAAGAUCAUAACGGUACUGUAAUAACUUCCAUAUACUCCAAAAAGCCAACUUAUGGAAUUUACUGUCAAUUAUCUAAUGCCGUCGUCAACCUCUUCAAUAACGUUUUUGACAAUCCAUUUUACUCGUUGAUUGUUGUAUCAACGAUAUCCGCAAUUUUAUUUCUCUUCUUGUCUGUCCGACGAUGGAUGUGGGAACGUAAUCAAGUAAACGACGCUUUUAAUUUAGCACUAAUGAGAUUAAGCGAAAAAAAACAAAUAAUUUGUCUUGAAUUUCGCGAAGAAGCUUUCGCACACGUGACGGACCCCAUGGAACGUCAAAAGCUUUUCCAACUGCUUGACGCAAGGGUUCGAGCAUACCCGUACGUCCGCGCCGGUAACAUCCGUUACAGUGGGUUUGAAGCGGGAUACUGGGAAUGGAAAGUCAAGACGUCGUCUCAAAAGCAUAAAAAGCGUAAGAUUGAACCAAUGUCGGACAUGUCUGAGGAGGAUAUCAUUUAUCGAGACUCAG